AUGGAGCAAUCAGAUCUUAUCAAAGGUGGCCUUCCUGGACAGCCAUACGCCAACGCCCCGUUUCAGCAGUAUGCGGGAUACGUCUCUGUUGAUGAUUCCUCUGGCAGAUAUCUUUUCUACUAUUUUGCCGAGGCCUAUUAUAAAGCCUCCAAGAAACCCCUGAUACUCUGGCUUAAUGGAGGGCCUGGAUGCUCGUCGGUGGGAUAUGGAGCAAUGCAAGAAUUGGGUCCCUUCCGAGUUAAUCCGAAUGGAAGAACACUACGCACGAAUCGCAACAGUUGGAACACUGUGGCAAAUAUAUUGUUUUUGGACUCCCCAGCUGGUGUUGGCUUUUCUUAUUCUAGGAACAAAUCCGAUUAUGAUCAAAAUGGUGACGCACAAACUGCCGAAGACAACUAUUCAUUCCUGGUCAAUUGGUUUAAUAGGUAUCCAAAUUAUAAGAACCGUGAUUUCUACAUAGCAGGUGAAAGCUAUGCAGGUAACUACAUUCCACAAUUGGCUGCUAAAAUUUUGGAACACAGAAAACAAUCUCAGGCGUCAUUCAUUAACUUGAAGGGAUUAAUGAUUGGGAACGGUGAUUUGUCUAUUACUACAGAUAAUAUGGGAGAAUUUGUGUUCGCAUGGUCACAUGCAUUGAUUUCUGAUAAAACCUUUUAUGAUCUAGUGGACAAUUGUGUCCAUGUACCCUUCAUAAAUCCCAAUAGCUCAACCUGCAGCGCUUUGCUAAACAAGAAGAGUGUUGAAAUGGGAAAUAUUGAUCCAUAUGCCAUCUAUUCUCCACGAUGUACAGAUAAUUCUUCUACAGGAGCUUCACUCGCUAUGAAACAAGGACAAACAGAUCCAUAUGAUCCUUGUAGCAAAAAUUACAUUCUGAACUACAUGAAUAUAUGGAAAGUUCAAAAGGCAUUUCACCUAAAAAAAUCUGUCAAGUGGGGGUUUUGCAGUAAUCGCGUUUUUGAAGGAUGGAAUGACUAUGUUCCAUCUGUUUUGCCAAUCUAUCCACAACUCAUGUCAGCAGGAUUAAGAAUUCUACUUUAUAGUGGAGACACUGAUUCAGUGGUUUCCGUUACUGGCACGAGAGAGGCCCUCGCUGAUCUCAAUCUUACAAUUGAGACACCAUGGUACCCUUGGGUUGAGGAUCCUACUAAAACAGAUGGAGAGGUGGGAGGAUAUAGUGAGGUUUACAAGGGAAAUUUGACAUUUGCCUCUGUGAGAAAUGCUGGCCAUGAAGUCCCUAUCUUUGAACCAAUGAGGAUCUUAACCUUGCUCAAAUAUUUCUUGGCGGGGCAACCCCCACCAAUGCAACGAUAUACUUGA